UGGGAGCCGCAUAUGCAAGCCUACAGCAAACUGAGUUUGACUUACCCCAAAAAGGAUAAGCUUGUAGCUAUUGGUGCUAUUACUCGCAAGUUCGAGAAAUUAAGGGGAGACCACUACUUGGCUGGACUUUUUCAAGGAGACCUUCCGCAGGCUCUACUUUGGGAACCUGCUUCAUCUAUAGACUAUAACAAAAGCAAAAGCAAAAGAAUCGGUGGCCAAACACCAAGUUGGAGCUGGGCUAGC